AUGGAUCAGUACAUCAGAUUUCCAGAAUCUCGUCAUGAGCUGAAGACCAUUGCCGAUGGAGUUCAUCAACUAUGUGGAAUGCCUGGCGUUGUAGGGGCUGUUGAUGGAUCCCACAGUGCAUUUCCUGCCCCAACAUCCGAGCAUAGACGGCUGAAAUACUUGAACAUGCUAGUGGAGAUGGAGAUGAUGCUAGUGAUCUUUGCUUGUUGUGUCCUUCACAACUUCAUUCUGCUGCAAGAGUCAGAAACAGAACCUGAAGUUGACACAUUUGAUCAGAAAGACAUAUAUGCCUCCGAUGCAGUUGGAAAUGGUCAGGCCCAUCGGGAGCAGAGGAGAAGAGGCGUGAUGCGACGAACGUUAGCUAUUGCGGUAAUCCUUGCGAUUGCAGCUCUUGUGGAGUGCAAACCGAAGGAGACAAAGCGUGAUACUCAGACUGCCAGUAGGAAGUUCAAUACGGUACCGCGUUCCCACAAGGCGACUGAUCCUAAGAAGCUAGCGGGUAGAAGAGAUCCGUUCUGCAACCUCAAGGUGGACUGCAGCGGCGCUUCAAACAGAAAUUUCGUGGGCGGUAAAGAGUACCGGACUCAGAGUGGACAGUGCAAUAACCUCGACAACUACAAGUGGGGUAUGGCCGGAGUUCAGCAUAAACGACUGUUUGAAAAUGCAUACGACGAUGGCAAAUGGAAUCCUAGGAGAAAAAGUGUCACCGGAACCAAUAAUGAAAUGGUUCUACUGCCGGGCACCCGCAACAUUAGCAACGCCGUGCACGCCACCGACUCAGACAAGCCUCUUAACAAAGAGUCCCUAUCCGACGCUUUCUUCUACUUCAUGCAGUUCAUUAGCCAUGACGUCACCAAAACACCUGAGGGUCUGGCCAAGUUGCGUGUCCCUAGGUUUGGUCAUGUGACUGGUCGUGAGAUCUGGUUACUUGGCAAGAUAUCAGGUCCGGUAACUUGGAAGAUUAUGGGGUCUGAGCACAUAACUGGGCAUGAGGUAUGGCGUAUCAAGAGUCCGUUCUGCCUGGCAGUCAACGUGGAAGAGACUGACGACUUUUUCUCCGUCAUCGGAGACUGCUUCGAUGUCCAUAGAUCCAUCACGGUGCUAGACUGUAACGUCACGUCUGGUUUCCGAAACCAAAUCAACGCCAUCACGGCGUAUAUCGAUGGAAGUAUGUUGUAUGGAUCGAGCGAGGCUGAACUCAACGAGUUGCGUUCCUUCAUUGUCGGUUUCCUUAAAAAUUCCACUGCCAAUUUAAUGCCGAAAGAUGAGGGCACAGGAGAUAUGGAAUGCGACAACGACAAAGACCCCGACUUCUGCUUCCUCGCAGGUGACAUUCGCGCGAACGUGCACCCUGGACUGACUACGUUUCAUACCGUGUUCAUGCGCGAACACAACCGCGUGGCGGCCUACCUGGGGGAACUGAACGCCGCCUGGAACGACGACAGGAUCUUCCAGGAGACCAGACGCAUCGUGGCGGCGGAGCUGCAGCACAUAACAUUCAACAGUUAUAUGUCCAAGUACGGCCUGUCUGCUUCCUAUAGUUACAAUAAAUCAGUGGACGCCAGCGUCAUUCAGGAAUUCAACUUCGGCUACAGAUUCCACAAUCUGAUGCCCGCGGUGUUACACUUGGCCGAGUUGGUUGGUUCGAGUGUUAAGAACAUGGCAACGCUCGAGCAGGAAAAUGUGGUCGAGCAUCCUGGGUUACUCGUCAAGGAUAACUACCGCGGCGUAGAUCAGGUUUUACUGGGAAUCGUCGCCAACGGAUGCCCUUUUAUCAAUGGACUGAUGAAUGAUGCCAGCCGGAACUUCCUGUUUAUUGAGGAGAACGGCACAGAUAGCUAUGACCUAGCAUCUGUUAACAUCGAGCGCGGUCGCGAUUGGGGAACGCCUGCGUACUACCUCUACCGUCAGCUGUGCGGAGGGGUCACAAUCUCCGCAUGGACGGACCUGGCGAGCACGCACUCCGCUGACGUAAUCGCCGACUUACAGAUCGUCUAUGCUUCCCCAAAGGACGUUGAUCUAUGGACGGGCCUCGUGACCGAGACUGCAGUAGGCACCUCCAUUGCCGGCCCCACAAUGUCCUGUCUCAUCGCUACGCAGUUCGCCAACCUGCGCAACGGGGACCGUUUCUGGUACGAGACGAGCAUCGCCGAUCUUAAAUUCACAACCGAUCAGCUGAGUGAGUUGAAGAAGGUCACCCUGGCUCGAGUCCUGUGUGACAAUCUGGACGUGGCCACCAUGCCAAAGGAUGUGUUUUCCACCUCCGGCUCGUGGGUUAACUGCUCCACCAUCUCUGGCAUGGCUCUGAGCUUCUGGGCUGACUAG